CGAUGUGGAAACAGCGAACCUCCCGCUGCAUGGGGACGAAUACAACCAUUUAAACGGGAUUUUAGGAAGAUACGGUUUAACGGUGUCCAUCAGCGCGUCACCGGGGCUGGUCGCGAGGAGGGUCCGCAGUCUGGACGAACCCCCGAGUUGUAGUUUAGCUAACUAACGUCUCUUUUGUUGUUGUUUUUACGACUCGUGUUAGUUAGAAGUGAGCUUCUUCUUUUAUUUAUUUUAUAUUUUUAGGAGUAAUUUAAAAAAAAACAUGAGAGCAUUAACGUGCACGCGCAGAAAGUCCAGUUGUCCCAACUCGACGUGACGUUCGCCCUCCAGCUAUGUUCGGCGUGAAGAUGUCUCUGGAGGCGAGUGACGUGCAGACUGAUGAAGACUGCGAGGAGCUGGGUGAGGAAAGCUUCUCUUUCUCUGCCGAUAUUUUGGAAAAGAUCAAAAGAAGGAAGACAUCCUCCGGCAAGCCUCCUCUGUCUCCAAGUAAGACCCCCCCCUCCCCCCACGCUUCCCAAAUUCCAUGGCUGUUCACACGCAGCGUGUGUGUGUGUGUGUGUGUGUGUGUGUGUGUGUGUGCAGUGUCUCCGUACUUCUCCAGUAUGAGCGUGAACCCCAGGAGAGCGGCGGUGGCGGCCUGGAGGCUGCCGAGGGCCUCCCUCGGGGACACCAGAGGGGACACUCUAGGGGAGAGUGGCUCGGCUCGCCUCACAUCCCUCAGCAACGGCCAUGAUGUGUCCCAGACCCUGAGGUCGGAGUGCGACGUCACCCCGGAGCUUCUCAGACAGACCUUGAGCGCGAGGAAACACAGACAUCUCCACUCUGGAUCCAACGGCUUCAGCGGCAGCACAGGCGACCCCAGAGAGAAGGAGGACAUGUACGAUGAGAUUAUUCGACUCAAGAAGAGUCUCCAGGCACAGAAGUCUGACAACCAGCAAAUGAAAGCCAGGCUCCGCCGCCUGGAGGAAGAUAACGCCAAGAGAGAGAAACAGAUAGAAGAGCUGUUGGAUCCCACCAAAGGAUCUGAAUAUACUCGUAGCUUUGUGGAUAAGAAGAAAGAAGGCAGUGUGGUUCUCAAUGGGCUGAAACAGAGAAUCCUGAAGCUGGAGCAGCAGUGUCGAGAGAAAGAGAAUGCGCUGAGUAAACUGCAAAGCGAGCUGAGGACCACCAACCUGGAGGAGCUGAAGAUCACCGUGGAAACCUACUUUGACGAGAUCCAGAGGCUGAGGAUGCUGCUACAAGCUGCAGAGAAAAGUAGUCGAGUGGAGAGCAAAUGCUCCCGCAAGCAGCAGAAAGUUUUAAGCUCCACGGUUCACCGACUGUCUGAGAACCAGAAGCAGCUGGAGCAGGAGAACGCGGCGCUCCGGGAGGAGCUCGACACCGACGGCCCUGCAGGAGGAGUCAAAGGUUACAGAGAGUGGAGUAAACAGAGGCUGUUGAGGAGGCUGUUGGAGGUGGAGAAGAGGCUGGAGGACGGCAGAGGACCCGCCCAGUCGGCAAAGCUCAGCGGCCGAUUGGAUCGGGAGGUCCAGACCACGCCCACGGAGAUUCUGGGGUUUACCAUGGCAACAGAGGCAGCGGUCUCCGUGGGAACAAACACAGAGGAAGGGGAGGAGCUCUCUGGUCUGAGAGAACGCCUCGGCCAAUUGGAGAAGGAGGGGGUGGAGCUUCAAGAGAAGCUGUUGAGUAAAGAUGAUGAACUGAGACAGGCGAGGACAGAGAGAGAAGAAUCGGAGGCGGAGACACGGCGAUGGCGAGCCGAGCAGACGGAUGAAUGGGACAAAGAGAGGCAGCAGCAUCAACAGGAGUUGGCUCAGUUUUUGGCGAGGAUCCAAACUCUGGAAGAGCGAAGUAAACCUGCACAGGCCGAGCUCCCCUCUCUCCCCGGCACGUCGCCAGAGGGCCACGAGGACACUCGAGUCGGAGCAGGUCCGGAGGAGGGGGACGAGAGGCUCACUGGAAGUAGAGAGGAGGAGGAGGAGGGGGGAGGAGGAGAAGAGUUGAAGAGAGAAAGGGAGAAAUCAGCGUUGGUUAUCCAGACAAACUGGAGGGAGCACCGGAACAGGGACGUUGUGCUGUUGCAGUCAGCCUUGAGAGCUCAUCUGCUCAGAGAGUCACGGCUAACGGGUCUGCUAAGAGAAACACAGAAUAAGGCCGCGGAGGCGACAAACCGCAGCGAUGCCGCAUCCUCCGCAGGAGGAGACUUGGACGUGGUUGCCUUGACGAUGGUACAGUCUGCGUUCAGGGGGCACCUGGCUCGCUGUAGCCGCGCAACAGAGAGCUCGGGGUUCUCCGUGCCUUCUCUAAUGGGAAACAAGGCGCCCACGCUCUCAGCGCGAAGAGCUCCCUCGACACACACGCCCAGCACAACAGACGGUGGAAAGCAGGGACAGGAAGAAGACCCCUGGCUCGCCUCCAGCGCUCACUCCUCCAGGAUGAUGCCACCAACAGGCCAACCGGAGCCGCGUUGCGCCGCCGGGGCGGGUUCUGACGACUCUGACGACGACAUCAUCGUAUCGCCGUCAUGUCCUCUGAGAAGCAGAGAAGUCUUCAUCUUAUAGACCUUCUAGGGUUUGUGUGUGUGUGCGUGUGUGAGGGAGAGUGAGGCAGACGGAGUGUGUUUGUGUUUGUGUGUGUGUGUGUGAGGGAGAUAUUAUGUCUGUGCUUUCCACUCUGAACCUUUAUGUCGUACCGUACCAAAUCCUCAUGGCUGGGAUAUAGUCAGGAUAACAUUUAACAUGCACGACAUGUUUCUCUCUCGUAAUAACCAGAGUGUUCUGAAUGCGGGUUUAUGACACGCCGCUGAGAGGCUCCCUUUUGAUUCUGAUCGUCUUCAGGACACGGUUCACGUACAACACUCUGAUCCCCGGUGUUGACGUGGGGCAGAGAGGAUAUCCUCUCUUAGUGCAGCUCCGAAGCACUUGCAUAAACAUGAACGGGCUAUCCCAUUUUGAUUUUUAGGAUAAUUCGUGCCAAAGUGCCUACUGCGUGGUUAUUUAAAUGACGGUAAUAAAUGCAUUCAUUUCACUUUCAGUUCACAGGCUAAGGAAAUAAUUAAGGAAUCAGAUUUUGGGCUGCUUUGCAAACGACACGACGCUGAUCCAUCCUUCGUAACACGACGGUAUGAUCGAGGGAUGAUCCUCUGAACUGAUGCACUGUUGAGUUAAACUGUGAAUAAAUUAUAGUCCGCUGCAAUACUAAACACACAGUACAGUGGAGGAUACACGGGGAGUUUGGAUCAUGCCAAUCAUUUUUGUGCUCUAAUAGACAAAUGAUCAACGCAGACUACGGAGGAGUGCAGUUUCCCCCACAUGAUGUGUGUAACUUAAUUUCUGAGACUUUCAAUAAAAUGCUGUUUUUAUAAUGAAACCUCA